AUGUCCACCAAGGUCAGGAAGUGCAAGGAGCAAGCGAGGGUGACCUUCCCCGCGCCGGAGGAGGAGGACGACGAAGGCGAGGACCAGGGCGCGGAGCCGCAGCGCCGCCGGCGGGGCUGGAGGGGCGUCAACGGGGGACUCGAGCCGCGCUCGGCGCCCCCGCCGCGGGAGCCGCACGGCUACUGCCCGCCGCCCUUCUCCCCCGGGCCGGACGUGUCCAUAGAGGGAAGCCCAUCCCUGAGGCGCAUGACGGUGAUGCGGGAGAAGGGCCGGCGCCAGGCCGUCCGGGGCCCUGCCUUCAUGUUCAACGACCGGGGCACCAGCCUCACGGCCGAGGAGGAGCGCUUCCUGGACGCCGCCGAGUACGGCAACAUCCCCGUGGUGCGCAAGAUGCUGGAGGAGUCCAAGACGCUCAACGUCAACUGCGUGGACUACAUGGGCCAGAACGCGCUGCAGCUGGCCGUGGGCAACGAGCACCUGGAGGUGACCGAGCUGCUGCUCAAGAAGGAGAACCUGGCCCGCAUCGGCGACGCCCUGCUGCUCGCCAUCAGCAAGGGCUACGUGCGCAUCGUGGAGGCCAUCCUCAACCACCCCGGUUUCGCGGCCAGCAAGCGCCUGACCCUUAGCCCUUGCGAGCAGGAGCUGCAGGACGACGACUUCUACGCCUAUGACGAGGACGGCACGCGCUUUUCGCCCGACAUCACCCCCAUCAUUCUGGCGGCGCACUGCCAGAAGUACGAAGUGGUGCACAUGCUGCUGAUGAAGGGCGCCAGGAUCGAGCGGCCGCACGACUACUUCUGCAAGUGCGGGGACUGCACCGAGAAGCAGAGGCACGACUCCUUCAGCCACUCGCGCUCGAGGAUCAAUGCCUACAAGGGGCUGGCCAGCCCGGCCUACCUGUCCUUGUCCAGCGAGGACCCGGUGCUCACCGCCCUGGAGCUCAGCAACGAGCUGGCCAAGCUGGCCAACAUCGAGAAAGAGUUCAAGAAUGACUAUCGGAAGCUCUCCAUGCAAUGCAAAGACUUUGUGGUGGGUGUGCUGGAUCUCUGCCGAGACUCAGAAGAGGUAGAAGCCAUUCUGAAUGGAGACCUGGAAUCAGCGGAGCCUCUGGAGGUGCACAGGCAUAAAGCGUCACUGAGUCGUGUAAAACUCGCCAUUAAGUACGAAGUCAAAAAGUUUGUGGCUCACCCCAACUGUCAGCAGCAGCUUUUGACCAUCUGGUAUGAGAACCUCUCUGGCCUGCGGGAACAGACCAUAGCUAUCAAGUGUCUGGUUGUGCUGGUCGUGGCCUUGGGCCUUCCAUUCCUUGCCAUCGGCUACUGGAUCGCACCUUGCAGCAGGCUGGGGAAAAUUCUGCGAAGCCCUUUUAUGAAGUUUGUGGCUCAUGCAGCUUCUUUCAUCAUCUUCCUGGGCCUGCUUGUGUUCAAUGCCUCAGACAGGUUCGAAGGCAUCACCACGCUGCCAAAUAUCACUGUGAUUGACUAUCCCAAGCAGAUCUUCAGGGUAAAAACCACCCAGUUCACAUGGACUGAAAUGCUAAUUAUGGUCUGGGUUCUUGGAAUGAUGUGGUCUGAGUGUAAGGAGCUCUGGCUGGAAGGACCCAGAGAAUACAUUUUGCAGUUGUGGAAUGUGCUCGACUUCGGGAUGCUCUCUAUCUUCAUUGCUGCUUUCACGGCCAGAUUCCUAGCUUUCCUUCAGGCGACAAAAGCACAACAGUAUGUGGACAGUUAUGUCCAAGAGAGCGACCUCAGUGAAGUUACACUCCCACCAGAGAUACAGUAUUUCACUUAUGCUAGAGAUAAAUGGCUCCCUUCUGACCCUCAGAUCAUAUCUGAAGGCCUUUACGCCAUAGCUGUUGUGCUCAGCUUCUCUCGGAUCGCGUAUAUCCUCCCUGCAAAUGAGAGCUUUGGCCCCUUACAGAUCUCUCUUGGAAGGACUGUGAAGGACAUAUUCAAGUUCAUGGUCCUCUUUAUCAUGGUGUUUCUUGCCUUUAUGAUUGGCAUGUUCAUACUUUAUUCUUACUAUCUUGGGGCUAAAGUAAAUGCUGCUUUUACCACUGUAGAAGAAAGCUUCAAGACUUUAUUUUGGUCAAUAUUUGGAUUGUCUGAAGUGACUUCUGUUGUGCUCAAAUAUGAUCACAAAUUCAUCGAAAAUAUUGGAUACGUUCUUUAUGGAAUAUACAAUGUAACUAUGGUGGUCGUUUUACUCAACAUGCUAAUUGCUAUGAUUAAUAGCUCAUAUCAAGAAAUUGAGGAUGACAGUGAUGUAGAAUGGAAGUUUGCUCGUUCAAAACUUUGGUUAUCUUAUUUUGAUGAUGGAAAAACAUUACCUCCCCCCUUCAGUCUAGUUCCUAGUCCAAAAUCAUUUGUUUAUUUCAUCAUGUGGAUCAUUAACUUUUCCAAAUGCAGAAGAAGAAGGCUUCAGAAGGAUAUAGAAAUGGGAAUGGGUAACUCAAAGUCCAGGUUAAACCUCUUCACUCAAUCUAACUCAAGAGUUUUUGAAUCACACAGUUUUAACAGCAUUCUCAAUCAGCCAACACGUUAUCAGCAGAUAAUGAAAAGACUUAUAAAACGGUAUGUUUUGAAAGCACAAGUAGACAAAGAAAAUGAUGAAGUUAAUGAAGGUGAAUUAAAAGAAAUCAAGCAAGAUAUCUCCAGCCUUCGUUAUGAACUUUUGGAGGACAAGAGCCAAGCAACUGAGGAAUUGGCCAUUCUAAUUCAUAAACUCAGUGAGAAGCUGAAUCCCAGCGUGCUGAGAUGUGAAUGA